UAGUGUCUGUGGUGUCGGCGCUGCAGGAUGACGCGAGCCUCUGGCGUCCCUGGUUUUCUCUGUCGCAGCGUUGAGUUAUUGGGUGGAAAGGCAUCAUCUUAGAGUCAACCUUCUUUGAAACCACUGUCUCAGAGAAAUCCCUCCAAGACACAGGUAAUUAGAGAGGGUAUGUGAACCAAGGAGCCAAUCAAAUUCUCCCACAUAAGAAUUUGGGACACAGAAAAUGAAGCUGAGGACCACAAGGAUUUAGAUACUGAUGCUAUUUCCAGCAGAUUAUACAUAUGGUUGAAAGACCAAAUUGCUUUAUUCCAAUCUAAAAUUUAUGGAGUGAUUCUACACCAAAGAUUGUACUGACAGCAUGGAUUCAGGCAUUCUAAAGUCACUGGAGCAGAUAAAUUGUCUGAGAAAGAAGUAGGUCUCAACAAUGGGCUUAAAAUAUUCAGUAAAUUGGAUCUGCUGACCAGAUGGCCGAACAGGAACAGCUCCAGUCUGCAGCUCCCAGCGAGAUCGACAUAGAAGAGAGGAAAAAGGAAGAAGCAGAAGGUCAGCAGAUGUUGAAAGAGGUAUAAUCAAGCUCAUACUCCAUUAAACAGAAAGCAAACUAAGAGCUGGAGAGAUGAAGAGACUUGCUCAACAUCAUACAUAAAAUAACGUCUUGGGAGCAUCUGAGAGUGCUUAUGCCCUUCUCUGGAGUACAAGAAGAACUAAGGAUAUGGUGAAGAAAUAGCCUGCACUCAGAAUGGCCAGAUGUACUUAAACAGGGACAUUUGGAAACCUGCCCCUUGUCAGAUCUGUGUCUGUGACAAUGGAGCCAUUCUCUGUGACAAGAUAGAAUGCCAGGAUGUGCUGGACUGUGCCGACCCUGUAACGCCCCCUGGGGAAUGCUGUCCUGUCUGUUCCCAAACACCUGGAGGUGGCAAUACAAAUUUUGGUAAGAAUGGACAAAAGGGAGAACCAGGAUUAGUGCCUGUUGUAACAGGCAUACGUGGUCGUCCAGGACCGGCAGGACCUCCAGGAUCACAGGGACCAAGAGGAGAGCGAGGGCCAAAAGGAAGACCUGGCCCUCGUGGACCUCAGGGAAUUGAUGGAGAACCAGGUGUUCCUGGUCAACCUGGUGCUCCAGGACCUCCUGGACAUCCGUCCCACCCAGGACCCGAUGGCUUGAGCAGGCCGUUUUCAGCUCAAAUGGCUGGGUUGGAUGAAAAAUCUGGACUUGGGAGUCAAGUAGGACUAAUGCCUGGCUCUGUGGGUCCUGUUGGCCCAAGGGGACCACAGGGUUUACAAGGACAGCAAGGUGGUGCAGGACCUACAGGACCUCCUGGUGAACCUGGUGAUCCUGGACCAAUGGGUCCGAUUGGUUCACGUGGACCAGAGGGCCCUGCUGGUAAACCUGGGGAAGAUGGUGAACCUGGCAGAAAUGGAAAUCCUGGUGAAGUGGGAUUUGCAGGAUCUCCGGGAGCUCGUGGCUUUCCUGGGGCUCCUGGUCUUCCAGGUCUGAAGGGUCACCGAGGACACAAAGGUCUUGAAGGCCCUAAAGGUGAAGUUGGAGCACCUGGUUCCAAGGGUGAAGCUGGCCCCACUGGUCCAAUGGGUGCCAUGGGUCCUCUGGGUCCGAGGGGAAUGCCAGGAGAGAGAGGGAGACUUGGGCCACAGGGUGCUCCUGGACAACGAGGUGCACAUGGUAUGCCUGGAAAACCUGGACCAAUGGGUCCUCUUGGGAUACCAGGCUCUUCUGGUUUUCCAGGAAAUCCUGGAAUGAAGGGAGAAGCGGGUCCUACAGGGGCGCGAGGCCCUGAAGGUCCUCAGGGGCAGAGAGGUGAAACUGGGCCCCCAGGUCCAGUUGGCUCUCCAGGUCUUCCUGGUGCAAUAGGAACUGAUGGUACUCCUGGUGCCAAAGGCCCAACGGGCUCUCCGGGUACCUCUGGUCCUCCUGGCUCAGCAGGGCCUCCUGGAUCUCCAGGACCUCAGGGUAGCACUGGUCCUCAGGGAAUUCGAGGCCAACCGGGUGAUCCAGGAGUUCCAGGUUUCAAAGGAGAAGCUGGCCCAAAAGGGGAACCAGGGCCACAUGGUAUUCAGGGUCCGAUAGGCCCACCUGGUGAAGAAGGCAAAAGAGGUCCCAGAGGUGACCCAGGAACAGUUGGUCCUCCAGGGCCAGUGGGAGAAAGGGGUGCUCCUGGCAAUCGUGGUUUUCCAGGCUCUGAUGGUUUACCUGGGCCAAAGGGUGCUCAAGGAGAACGGGGUCCUGUAGGUUCUUCAGGACCCAAAGGAAGCCAGGGGGAUCCAGGACGUCCAGGGGAACCUGGGCUUCCAGGUGCUCGGGGUUUGACAGGAAAUCCUGGUGUUCAAGGUCCUGAAGGAAAACUUGGACCUUUGGGUGCUCCAGGGGAAGAUGGCCGUCCAGGUCCUCCAGGCUCCAUAGGAAUCAGAGGGCAGCCUGGGAGCAUGGGCCUUCCAGGCCCCAAAGGUAGCAGUGGUGACCCUGGGAAACCUGGAGAAGCAGGAAAUGCUGGAGUUCCUGGGCAGAGGGGAGCUCCUGGAAAAGAUGGUGAAGUUGGUCCUUCUGGUCCUGUGGGCCCGCCGGGUCUAGCUGGUGAAAGAGGAGAACAAGGACCUCCAGGCCCCACAGGUUUUCAGGGGCUUCCUGGUCCUCCAGGGCCUCCUGGAGAAGGUGGAAAACCAGGUGAUCAAGGUGUUCCUGGAGAUCCCGGAGCAGUUGGCCCGUUAGGACCUAGAGGAGAACGAGGAAAUCCUGGGGAAAGAGGAGAACCUGGGAUAACUGGACUCCCUGGUGAGAAGGGAAUGGCUGGAGGACAUGGUCCUGAUGGCCCAAAAGGCAGUCCAGGUCCAUCUGGGACCCCUGGAGAUACAGGCCCACCAGGUCUUCAAGGUAUGCCGGGAGAAAGAGGAAUUGCAGGAACUCCUGGCCCCAAGGGUGACAGAGGUGGCAUAGGAGAAAAAGGUGCUGAAGGCACAGCUGGAAAUGAUGGUGCGAGAGGUCUUCCAGGUCCUUUGGGCCCUCCAGGUCCGGCAGGUCCUACUGGAGAAAAGGGUGAACCUGGUCCUCGAGGUUUAGUUGGCCCUCCUGGCUCCCGGGGCAAUCCUGGUUCUCGAGGUGAAAAUGGGCCAACUGGAGCUGUUGGUUUUGCCGGACCCCAGGGUCCUGACGGACAGCCUGGAGUGAAAGGUGAACCUGGAGAGCCAGGACAGAAGGGAGAUGCUGGUUCUCCUGGACCACAAGGGUUAGCAGGAUCCCCUGGCCCUCAUGGUCCUAAUGGUGUUCCUGGACUAAAAGGUGGUCGAGGAACCCAAGGUCCGCCUGGUGCUACAGGAUUUCCUGGUUCUGCGGGCAGAGUUGGACCUCCAGGCCCUGCUGGAGCUCCAGGACCUGCGGGACCCCUAGGGGAACCCGGGAAGGAGGGACCUCCAGGUCUUCGUGGGGACCCUGGCUCUCAUGGGCGUGUGGGAGAUCGAGGACCAGCUGGCCCCCCUGGUGGCCCAGGAGACAAAGGGGACCCAGGAGAAGAUGGGCAACCUGGUCCAGAUGGCCCCCCUGGUCCAGCUGGAACGACCGGGCAGAGAGGAAUUGUUGGCAUGCCUGGGCAACGUGGAGAGAGAGGCAUGCCCGGCCUACCAGGCCCAGCGGGAACACCAGGAAAAGUAGGACCAACUGGUGCAACAGGAGAUAAAGGUCCACCUGGACCUGUGGGGCCCCCAGGCUCCAAUGGUCCUGUAGGGGAACCUGGACCAGAAGGUCCAGCUGGCAAUGAUGGUACCCCAGGACGGGAUGGUGCUGUUGGAGAACGUGGUGAUCGUGGAGACCCUGGGCCUGCAGGUCUGCCAGGCUCUCAGGGUGCCCCUGGAACUCCUGGCCCUGUGGGUGCUCCAGGAGAUGCAGGACAAAGAGGAGAUCCGGGUUCUCGGGGUCCUAUAGGACCACCUGGUCGAGCUGGGAAACGUGGAUUACCUGGACCCCAAGGACCUCGUGGUGACAAAGGUGAUCAUGGAGACCGAGGCGACAGAGGUCAGAAGGGCCACAGAGGCUUUACUGGUCUUCAGGGUCUUCCUGGCCCUCCUGGUCCAAAUGGUGAACAAGGAAGUGCUGGAAUCCCUGGACCAUUUGGCCCAAGAGGUCCUCCAGGCCCAGUUGGUCCUUCAGGUAAAGAAGGAAACCCUGGGCCACUUGGGCCAAUUGGACCUCCAGGUGUACGAGGCAGUAUAGGAGAAGCAGGACCUGAGGGCCCUCCUGGUGAGCCUGGCCCACCUGGCCCUCCGGGUCCCCCUGGCCACCUUACAGCUGCUCUUGGGGAUAUCAUGGGGCACUACGAUGAAAGCAUGCCAGAUCCACUUCCUGAGUUUACUGAAGAUCAGGCGGCUCCUGAUGACAAAAACAAAACGGACCCAGGGGUUCAUGCUACCCUGAAGUCACUCAGUAGUCAGAUUGAAACCAUGCGCAGCCCCGAUGGCUCGAAAAAGCACCCAGCCCGCACGUGUGAUGACCUAAAGCUUUGCCAUUCCGCAAAGCAGAGUGGUGAAUACUGGAUUGAUCCUAACCAAGGAUCUGUUGAAGAUGCAAUCAAAGUUUACUGCAACAUGGAAACAGGAGAAACAUGUAUUUCAGCAAACCCAUCCAGUGUACCACGUAAAACCUGGUGGGCCAGUAAAUCUCCUGACAAUAAACCUGUUUGGUAUGGUCUUGAUAUGAACAGAGGGUCUCAGUUCGCUUAUGGAGACCACCAAUCACCUAAUACAGCCAUUACUCAGAUGACUUUUUUGCGCCUUUUAUCAAAAGAAGCCUCCCAGAACAUCACUUACAUCUGUAAAAACAGUGUAGGAUACAUGGACGAUCAAGCUAAAAACCUCAAAAAAGCUGUGGUUCUCAAAGGGGCAAAUGACUUAGAUAUCAAAGCAGAGGGAAAUAUUAGAUUCCGGUAUAUCGUUCUUCAAGACACUUGCUCUAAGCGGAAUGGAAAUGUGGGCAAGACUGUCUUUGAAUAUAGAACACAGAAUGUGGCACGCUUGCCCAUCAUAGAUCUUGCUCCUGUGGAUGUUGGCGGCACAGACCAGGAAUUCGGCGUUGAAAUUGGGCCAGUUUGUUUUGUGUAAAGUAAGCCAAGACACAUCGACAAUGAGCACCACCAUCAAUGACCACCGCCAUUCACAAGAACUUUGACUGUUUGAAGUUGAUCCUGAGACUCUUGAAGUAAUGGCUGAUCCUGCAUCAGCAUUGUAUAUAUGGUCUUAAGUGCCUGGCCUCCUUAUCCUUCAGAAUAUUUAUUUUACUCACAAUCCUCAAGUUUUAAUUGAUUUUAAAUAUUUUUCAAUACAACAGUUUAGGUUUAAGAUGACCAAUGACAAUGACCACCUUUGCAGAAAGUAAACUGAUUGAAUAAAUAAAUCUCCGUUUUCUUCAAUUUAUUUCAGUGUAAUGAAAAAGUUGCUUAGUAUUUAUGAGGAAAUUCUUCUUCCUGGCAGGUAGCUUAAAGAGUGGGGUAUAUAGAGCCACAACACAUGUUUAUUUUGCUUGGCUGCAGUUGAAAAAUAGAAAUUAGUGCCCUUUUGUGACCUCUCAUUCCAAGAUUGUCAAUUAAAAAUGAGUUUAAAAUGUUUAACUUGUGAUUGAGACCUACAUGCAUGUCUUGAUAUUGUGUAACUAUAAUAGAGACUCUUUAAGGAGAAUCUUAAAAAAAAAAACGUUUCUCACUGUCUUAAAUAGAAUUUUUAAAUAGUAUAUAUUCAGUGGCAUUUUGGAGAACAAAGUGAAUUUACUUCGACUUCUUAAAUUUUUAUAAAAGACUAUAAGUUUAGACAUCUUUCUCAUUCAAAUUUAAAGAUAUCUUUCUCCUCUUGAUCAAUCUAUCAAUAUUGAUAGAAGUCACACUAGUAUAUACCAUUUAAUACAUUUACACUUUCUUAUUUAAGAAGAUAUUGAAUGCAAAAUAAUUGACAUAUAGAACUUUACAAACAUAUGUCCAAGGACUCUAAAUUGAGACUCUUCCACAUGUACAAUCUCAUCAUCCUGAAGCCUAUAAUGAAGAAAAAGAUCUAGAAACUGAGUUGUGGAGCUGACUCUAAUCAAAUGUGAUGAUUGGAAUUAGACCAUUUGGCCUUUGAACUUUCAUAGGAAAAAUGACCCAACAUUUCUUAGCAUGAGCUACCUCAUCUCUAGAAGCUGGGAUGGACUUACUAUUCUUGUUUAUAUUUUAGAUACUGAAAGGUGCUAUGCUUCUGUUAUUAUUCCAAGACUGGAGAUAGGCAGGGCUAAAAAGGUAUUAUUAUUUUUCCUUUAAUGAUGGUGCUAAAAUUCUUCCUAUAAAAUUCCUUAAAAAUAAAGAUGGUUUAAUCACUACCAUUGUGAAAACGUAACUGUUAGACUUCCCGUUUCUGAAAGAAAGAGCAUCGUUCCAAUGCUUGUUCACUGUUCCUCUGUCAUACUGUAUCUGGAAUGCUUUGUAAUACUAGCAUGCUUCUUAGACCAGAACAUGUAGGUCCCCUUGUGUCUCAAGACUUUUUUUUUCUUAAUUGCAUUUGUUGGCUCUAUUUUAAUUUUUUUCUUUUAAAAUAAACAGCUGGGACCAUCCCAAAAGACAAGCCAUGCAUACAACUUUGGUCAUGUAUCUCUGCAAAGCAUCAAAUUAAAUGCACGCUUUUGUCAUGUCA